CACACACACACACACACACACGUUGUCAUACAAAUAGAGGCGAGCACACACACUCCCCUCUCACACACCCACUGCAUUAGCCAAAAGCAUCUGGACUAGAAAGGAUAGCAGAGCCAGAAAAGGAGAGGAGAGAAGAGAAGAGAAGAGAAGAGAAGAGAAGAGAAGAGAAGAGAAGAGAAGAGAAGAGCAAAGGAGUGGAGAAUAGCAGAGAGAGAGAGAAGGAAAGAGAGAGACAGAGAAAGAGAGAGACAGAGAAAGAGAGAGAGAGAGAGAGGAGAGGAUAAACAGAAGAGAGAGAUGGGAGAUGAGUGCAGAGCACUGUAGUUUCUCUGAGUGAGCUGUGUGCUGUGCUGUAGCUAUCCUGCAUCUAAUGUCAUCUAAGUUGUGCACCCCAUGGAAUGGGAAUGGUCCGGGAGCAUCACUAGCUGAUCUGGCUACGCGCGGAAGCUGCUCGGAACUGUUCUGAAGCAGCCUUGAAGUGCUCUGAAGCAGCCUUGAAGCGCUCUGAAGGGGUCUAAAGCGCUCCGCUGCGGCAAUCACUUGAAGACUGAAGGUAGUCUUGAAGUGGUCUAAAGCAGGGUGAAUUUGAACGUCAUUCAGCUGAAGUGGACUUAGUCUAGCCUAGUCUGACGUGGUCUUGAAGCGGUCUUAACGUGGUCCCAGGUGCAUUUCGUCUGCAGACCACGGUGACCAUUUGAAAGCAGCAGAUACUGGACCAACUGGACUGACUUAACUGGACUGAACUGGAGUGAAGAGGAGCAGAGUGGGCUGGACGUGGUCCAAAGGGGGUCUGCAAAGAGGACCAGAGUGGGGUAAAAGUGGUCAACAAGGGGUCUACAAACAGGUCCGAAGAGGUUCAGGUACAGAUCUGAAUAGGACAGGAGCGGUCCGCAGCUUUCAAGAGAAGUCAGAAGUCAUCUGAAAAGGGUCUGAAGUUGACCAAAGUUGGCGAAUUGGACUUUAAUCUCUAUACAUUCUCUGUGGGUGUCUGAAGUCUAAAGGUGUCUAUUCAGGUCCUGAAGUGGUCUAAAAGGGGUUCUGAAGUGGUCUAAAAAGUGUGUUUACGUUUGACGAUGCAGGUUAGCCUCUUCAUCAUCGCUCUCCUCUGCCUGGGGAUCCUCGUCUCCUGCAGCACACACACAAGCCAGGAAACCACAGCUGAAGAGAAGUUGCGUGUGCAGAUCAAUGCCACAGAAGACACCAUCACACUGCGCUUCAUACGGCCUCACGCCAACGCAGACACACACGCUCCGCGGCUGCAGCUGGAGGGCUACUUGCUGGGCUACGGAGGAAGCAUGUUCUCCAAACAGUACAUAGAACUACCACAGGACGGAACGCCCUACUACGCAGAGAUGGAUGCGGAGCCAAAAUACCUGAUCUCUGUGGAGCCGGUCAAGCCCCAUGUGGAGAAGAAGAAAGCAUGUCCAAAUAAAGUGGAUCUGAAGAAACCUCUGCACCUGGUGAUUGGUUCCAUUACCGACACUAAAGUCCUGCUCUCCUGGGGAACAAUCCUCAACACGCCCUACACACAACAAGACGCAGACUGCCCAGAGGACAGCCAGUACACCAUUCGGUACCGGGAGAAAGACCCAGAGUCCACUCCAGCACCGACUGCAGCACCCACCACCCCGAGUCCGCCGGGUCGCGAACGGCAGUGGAACUACCAGUCGUGUCCCAGUAGCACCACCGUAGUGGAUAAGCUGAAGCCUGACACGCCCUACGAGUUCGAGGUCCGCACCGACACCGACCCCAAAGGUCCGUCUGGAGAGUGGAGUGGCCCCGUGGUACACAACACUAACGCCAGCGUCACCGAGACCAUCGUGACGCUCAUGGAGAACAGCAACAAAGAGAUUGAGAAACCCUUCAAACCACCAGUGGUGCCUAUCAUCCCUCACGCUAAAGAGACCAAACCAGAUGCCCUGCCAACCUGGGCCCUGCCCACCGCAUUUACACCAAUCACAAUCCCUCCUCCACAAAGUCACACUCACACACAUAUCAACCCACCAAUUACAACCCAUCCCCCACACAUAAACCAACCCACCACCACCAUUUCCACCAAUAAGCAGAAAGCACCUGGCCAAGAAAGCAAGACCACAGACGCAUCUUCCACUACCACUAGACCAGCCAAGCACAUCCCCCACAGACACAGGCACCGCAAGCCACACUUAGACACCACCUACCGGCCCAACACUCGGGUUCGAAAGCCACAUUUAGAUGCUACAUAUCGUCCUAACAUUCGGGUUCGAAAACCGCAUCUGGAUGCUAAGCACCGGCCCAGCACAAGCAAUAGCACUCACACCCGCCCCAGCACUAGAGGCAGCACUAGCCAAAGCAAUAAAGUUAGCACGAGUGGUCGCACUGACGGUAGAAUUCGCACUAGCGGUAGCACUGAUGUUAGCACUAGCAGUCGCACUAGCAUUAGCAUUAGUACUAAUGCUAGUGCCCCUAAAGCCCAUGCUGAGGGACCAGCAAGUCCUGCGCUCACCGUUUCACAGCGACCUAAGCCUGCAGCAGGUUCAAGAGAGGGUACCUCUGCCAACAACCCAAAGAAACACAAUCCAGGAGCCCAAAGGCCUGAUCGCCACAGACCUGUUGCCCGCAAGCCUAAUGCCAAUGUCCGUGAUGGCAAUAUUCGCGAUGCCAGUAUUGCUAAUACCAAUAUCACUGAUAGCCACAGGCCUGAAACCAGUAUCCAUGAAGCUAGUAGGCCAGAUGCCAAUAUUCCUGACAUCAAUUCCAAUGGCAAUAUCGCUGAUACCACUAAAUCUGAUAGCUUAAGAGUUGAUACCAAUAUUCACAGUGGCAACAGACCAGAGAGCAAAAGGUCAGAUGCCAGUCUCCACACACAGGUUGGGCAGAGCCAAUCUGUCACCUCGGUUACUCGGGCCCCACCCCCCGAACUAACUGCAGAUGGCGAUGAAGUGCAGCCUGCUGUUUCCAUAGUUACUGAGCCAGUGGUGCUAGCUGGCACGGCAACAUCGUUAGAGGGGCACGUAGGCAACCCCAAUCAGAAGGUGGUUGGCAAGGAAGGCCAUCCUCAUAAAUCAGCUUCAGCUGUUGCCACGGCUUCACAGGUCACUGAAGCCUCAACCCCCUUGAAGCCCGACGCACAGCAGCGCUCGGUUGAACGCAACACAGACCCGACCAACACUGGUGACGGUCCAAUCACAACUCGGGAAGGUUUUGUUUUCAGUGUACCGGGCCAAUCAAGCCAUGAGGAGAACCCUGCAAUCUCUGACAGGCAGCCAAUCAAAACAAGGCACGAACGGCCACUGAAAAAACCCACCAAAGGCUCAAAGCCUCCCGCCAAGAAGCCAAACAAGGCAAACAAGCCCAAACCACAGGGAGGAAAGCUCAAGCAAUCAGUCACGGCAGGCCAAAAGCCAAUCAAACACAGCCAGCAAACAGCCCCAGAUGGCAAGGAGACAAUCAAAACGGGCCAAAGGCCCUCACAGGGCAAACAGCCAAUGAGAGCUGGCCCAAGCCCAGCCUCCAGUGUCACUGAUUGGUCGAGAGCACAAGGCCACGCCCUGACAACUCCCAGCACCCCUUUCAGUUUAGUGCAGACACACAUCCCCUCCAGCAAACAUGCAAGUCCACAGAACACACACCCCACAGAGGAGCAGACACACACUCAACGACACACAUACGGGGCAGAGGAGAGGACACCACUACACAAACACACUCACCAGCAAAACACUCUAAACACCACGCAAGACAUACAGCCAAAGACGCCUCCCCUUCCUGCACAGAACCAGGAAGAUUCUGAACAAACACGCAAACCCACCAAACCGAAGAGCCAAAACACACACAUCAGCUCCGAGGUCCCCAUUAAACUCCCCCUCGCACCCGCCGAUCCAUCACGCAUGACCACUCCUCGUGUACACUCUCACUCACAGGCACACACACAUGUACACAUACACACACUCCAUCCACAGACCACAGAGUCCCCACGUAGGGCCUCUGGCCCUGUAUUGGCCCAUCAUGCCCCCCACAGCCCUGCUCAGGCUAGUCUGACCCCCAGCCCUGCCAGGGAGUCCAGCCUCCUGCCAGAGUCUACCCAGCAGCUGCCUGAACCCCCCCUGGGUAACUUGCUCUGCCACCUCCUACCCCACACUACCAUUUCAUACAGGCCAGCGCUAAAAUUUGUAAUGUUCAUAUACUGUAAACAGUGUCUCAGUAUCUGCGUCAGUAUCUCUAGUUCAUCUGUAAAACAUUUGCGCUCACAUCGUUUAUGUUUAUUACUGUCAUCCUGUUAUAAAACCAGCAUCUGUCUAUCACACAGCUACCUGCCAAUCAUAAAACCAGUAUAUGUCUAUCUCGCAGCUACCAGCCAAUCAAAGGAUGGAAAAGCAGUUGUUAAUCCCGCCCUCGUCAGCGAAAGCCCCGAUAACAAAGGUCACGGUGAUCGCCGCCGGUUGCCUGGGCAACCUCGUCCCGACGUCUCCGCGGGUUACCCAGGUUACCCAGGACCCGCCCCCGCGAACAGGAGACCACGCCCACCGCACCACCGAAACUCCACCCUCUCUCCCCGCAGACCAGAUGUGGCUGUGGAGGGAAUGCAAGGGGUGACGCUGACCAAACCAGCACCCAAACCCCGCAACGGAUCCUCAGUGCUUAAGCCACCGCCCGGUCCGGAAAAGUACAACCUCAAUCAGGUGGUCGAGCCAGAACAGAAAGCAGAGGAGAAGGACAAGGGGCCAGUUGACCUGAAGCAGGUGGAUCCUGAAACCGCCCCCAAACCCACACCCUCGCCCACCACCCGGACAAGCACCAAUAGGACGCCUCCGACCACCCCAACGCCCAAUAAGACGACUCAGACAACCCCAGAGCCCACCAGUCAGCUGCCCAGAACCACCCCCCGCAUUACCUUGGCCCCUCCCACCACACACAGCCCUCCACCACAGCCCCAGUCAACCGCACGUAGCGUUCAGACACCACAGCCAAUCACAAGCAGCGCUGCGCCGACCCCGCCAACCACGCGUAGCACUGAGCCUCCCAAACCGGCCAAAAGGAUUCCACAGCCUGCCAGACCGGUCUAUAGGAAUCCGGGACGUCCCAGACCAGGAAAAAAGAUUCCUGAGCAUCCUAGACUGGCCAAUGGCAGGACCCUGAGGCCACGGCUAACACCGCCUACUACCACCACCACCACCACCCUGGCACCGGCCCCUAAGACCACCCCAUUGGCCAACCUCAACGGUGGCUAUAUAGAGUCAACUGCCAACUCCUCUGUCUUCAGUGCAGUGCCCACCUCAGAGGAGGACGCCAUGGGAAACAAACGCUUCAUUGCUCCCCACGUGGUCUACCAGACUGACAAGGGUCCCAAGGAGCCGUGCUCGAUCACCAGGACGCUGAGUCACUUCCCUGACGACGAGGUUACCGAGGUAAACGUCACGGCGCCGCCCCGGAAUGCCCCUGAAAACGUCACCGUGGUGGCUGUGGAGGGCUGUCCCUCAUUCGUCAUCAUCGACUGGGACAAAGGGGACAAUGAGACCACAGAGUAUGAAGUUACGUCGUCUACCAAAGGGCCAAGCGGUAAGGAGGUGUCUGUUCUCGUCACCAACAAAACGCACACCGCUGUGGAGAACCUGAAUCCAGAGAGCAGCUAUCAGUUCACUGUGACGCCGAAGAACGAGCUGGGCACCGGUCCUUCCAGCGAACCUGUGUCCUUCCGCACCGAGUCAGUGGAUCCCCAAGUGGCUGAGGUUACAGGCAAGCGUGCAAUUUGGUCUACGUUUCCUUUUAAGCUGGACAUUCAGUCGGAGUGUAACGGACCGCAGUACAUCAAGCGCACCUGGUACCGCAAGUUCGUAGGCAUUCAGCUCUGCAACUCACUACGCUACAAGAUAUACCUGAGUGAUUCGCUGAGAGGUCCAUUCUACCACAUUGGUGACCUGUCGGGCCAUGGGGAGGAUCACUGCCAGUUUGUUGACUCGCUAUUGGACGGCCGAACAGGAUCUUCCAUUCCAGCCAAUCAUCUUCCAGAGACAGAGGGUUUCUACCGGGCGAUGCGCCAAGAGCCUGUGACGUUUGGCACCAUAGGAGGCAAUUCCCACAUCAACUACGUGUCCUGGUACGAGUGUGGAGUGUCCAUCCCAGGGAAGUGGUAGUCCUGAUUGGACAACUGCCCCCUUCCUCUUCUGAUUGGCUCACCUCCUCCCUGUCCCUCAUCUGAUGGGACGACUGUCUUCCAGACCCUCUUCUCAUUGGCUCACCUCCCUGCCCUCUUUCUGGUUGGGUAGCGACAGGUCCUUGCCCAAUGUGUAAUCUUUCAGUGGUACAGAUAGCACAGUCUUACACAGAGAUCACACACACACAUUGAUUGUUUUUUAAGGUGCACGCACACACACACACACAUGCACACACAGACAUACACACACACAUACUCGCACAAAUCACAGCUCAGCUGAACAUUAUCAGAGGUCCAGGUGGUCUCUCAAAAAUCAAACACACUCACACACACCUUAAGUAUUUAUUCAGUAUGUAUAUGAUGUACCGGAGCUUAUUGAUCACAGACGUGAUGCUUGCAUGGAGCACACAAUUACAAUAUACAGUAUAGGACUGACAGUGUGUGUGCGUGUGUGCAUGUGUAUAUAUACUACAAAGGAGAGAUUACAGAAGCGAUACAGUACAGUAUAGGGUUGGCUGUUUUGUGUGUGUGUGUGUGUGUGUGUGUGUGUGUGUGUGUGUGUGUGUGUGUGUGUGUGUGUGUGUGUGUGUGUGUGUGUGUGUGUGUGUGUGUGUGUGUGUGUGUGUGUGUGACAGAUACACUACAGAGAGAUAUAUUACAGACACUAUACAGUACUAUUAGGUAUAGGAUUGCUAGAUAGAGUGAGAUAUAUAACAGAGGAACAAUAUUACAGUAUAGUAUAUAGUACUGACAGAGUGUGUGUGUGUGUGUGUGUGUGUGUGUGUGUGUGUGUGUGUGUGAGCGACAGAAAGAGAGAGCAAGACGGAAUAUAUUAGACACUAUACAGCAUAUGGUAUAGGAUUGGUAUUGUGUGUGUGUGUGACGACAUGAUGGUUAAGAAAGGUAUACUAAUAAUAUGUAUAUAUUACUGAAGGUACACAGAACUAUAUAGUAUAGACUGUAUAGUAUUGGCUGUGUGUGCGUCUUUUUAUAUGAUGGGUAGCAAAGUGUAUACGUGGUAGUGGUAUACGUGAAUUCUAGAUGUUUUGUACAGUAUGACUGACUUUAUGUGUGUGUGUGUGUGUGUGUGUGUAUGAGAGAGAGAGGGAGAGAGGGUAUUAUAUUUAGGCGGCAAGUGAUUGUAAUAAUGUUUUAUUUAGAACACCUUUUAAAAUACCCUAUAUAUUUGUGUGUGUGUGUGUGUGUGUGUGUGUGUGUGUGAGUGCGAGAGAGAGAGAGAGAGAGAGAGAGAGAGAGAGAGAGAGAGAGAGAGAGAGAGAGAGAGAGAGAGAGAGAGAGAGAGAAUUAUAUGACAAUAUGUAGCUUGAGAUGAGAGAAAACUUCCGUCUGUACGGGAACCUGCCAAUAUACAGAUGUAUUUUAAAUAUAUUUGUAUUUUAUAUGUUUUUAUAUGUUUUUUUGACAAGUACGUCAGUUAUCACAUCAAGUAUUUUCUGUAAUAAAAGUGGAUUAAGUUAAACUGAUAUCCUGAAUUGUUUGAGUCGUAACAGCACACACACGUAAU